UAUAAUUACUGACUCUUCUUCAUCUUUUUCUUUCUCAAAUCAAAAAAAAACAUAUACUCAAGUAGUAAAAUCUGCUAUUUCUAAAUCUACUGUCUCAAAACCUGCUCCAAACUAUGAAAAUACUCAGAGAAAAAACACUCACACUUCUCUUUAUAGAAAAGAAGAGAAGAAAAU